ACUCUAUAAAAAAACUGACAACGUGUAACCGGGUGUGCGAUGAGGUACGAUGCGAUGCGGCCGCGCGUGGGACAUGGUGGCACAUACUAGACGUCUCUGAGAAAGUUAGUCAAACAGGUCUUCAUCGUUCUCUUCAGUGACUGUCCGCUCACAAUGGCGUCUUCAAGGCCCGACAGUCUUGCAGAUCCAUUCACGACGGCACCCAACACUCCUUUAAACCUCAGUUCAACCCUGGAACCUCCUAGAGCCUCUUAUCUGUCGUCAAACCCAGAGACUGUCGGCAGCACGCGCGAAUCUUACACUGAUUCCCCAGAUAAUCUUUCUCCGUUGGUGCCAGAGGCUGAGAAACGCACCAACGAAGCUUAUGGACAGGAGGAAAGCGAAGAACAUGGGUUGGAAAAACGAUCUAUCCUCAGGCGGCCUCUAUUUUGGCUCAUCACUCUCGCCGUCGUUACUGUUAUCGUCCUUGCUGUCGUUCUCCCAGUAUACUUUGUCGUUGUCAAACCUCACAAUUCCAAUUCCAAUGCAUCUUCUGCAGGUGGGGCUCCUGCAGGUGGGUCAGGUAGCGGGAACCCUACCUCUCCGGCUGGAGGAGGCAUGACCGGAGGAAACGGCUCUGUUAUCACAAUGGCUGAUGGCACGAAAUUUACUUACUUGAACCCUUUUGGAGGCAUCUGGGUGGACAAUCCAAACGACCCGUUUAACAACGCCGCUUACCCUAAUUCAUGGACUCCCCCACUUAACGCCAGCUGGACUUGGGGAGUAGACAAGAUUUACGGUGUUAACCUCGGCGGACUUUUUGUCCUAGAACCCUUCAUCACACCGGCCCUUUACCAGAAGUAUCCGGGCUCAGUUGAUGAAUGGACCCUGAGCACGCUUAUGGCGGCGGAUACAGCCAACGGCGGACUCGAGCAGCUGGAGACUCAUUACAGUACCUUUAUUACUGAGCAGGAUAUUGCGGAAAUUGCUGGAGCUGGACUGAAUUGGAUCCGUUUGCCUAUUCCUUUCUGGGCGAUUGAAACAUGGGACUUCGAGCCUUUCCUCGAGAAAGUCUGUUGGCCCUACAUCCUGCGUGUUCUUCAAUGGGCACGGAAGUAUGGGGUUAGAGUGAAUCUCGAUCUCCAUACCAUCCCUGGAUCUCAGAACGGUUACAAUCAUUCCGGUAAACUUGGUUCGGUCAAUUUCUUGAAUGGAGUUAUGGGACUUGCCAAUGCUCAGCGGGCGCUUGAUUACAUUAGAAUAAUCACGGAGUUCAUAUCCCAGCCUGAGUGGGUUAAUGUUGUCCCUGUGUUCACCAUUGUCAAUGAGGCCCUGGUUUCUACUAUCGGAACAGACCAAAUCACAACAUUUUAUCUCCUUGUGCAUGAUACGAUCCGCAAUAUCACCGGUUACGGGGAAGGGCAUGGACCUUACAUCGCGAUUCAUGACGGAUUCCUAGGGACGGCGACCUGGGCGAAUUUCUUGCAAGGUUCUGAUCGAGUCAUACUCGACACCCAUCCUUACUUCGCAUUCGACGGAAACUCUAACCUUCAGCCCAUUGCUACUGGUACUGGGUUAAGCGCUGGAGGCGUCUGGCCGCAACAGGCGUGUAGUGCAUGGGCCGCUGGCAUGAAUACCAGUCAGACCGCAUUCGGUGUUACCAUCGCGGGCGAAUUCAGUAAUGGUUACAAUGAUUGUGGGCUUUACCUCACAGGUGUUGGGAAUACUGCGAGCUAUGGAGAGUCAUGCUCUGUCUUCUUAGACUCUUCGCAAUGGAACGACACCAUGAAAGCGGGUUUUUAUGAAUUCACGCUGGCUAGUAUGGACGCUUUGCAGAACUGGUUUUUCUGGACCUGGAAGAUCGGAAACUCCUCUACAACCAAUAGCGUCCAGUCUCCCAUGUGGUCUUAUCAGUUGGGCCUCCAAUACGGAUGGAUCCCUACUGAUCCCCGCACUGCUGUGGGCACCUGCGCAGCGUUGGGAGUGACCGGCCCACCAUUCGAUGGGGUUUAUGAAGCCUAUCAGACUGGAGGUCCUGGAGCUGGCACCAUCGUAGCCACUUCGGUCUCAUCUUAUGGCCACUAUCCGCCAACGCCUAUCAACGGUCUUACACCUGGAGCAAUCCAAUCCCUUCUUCCCACCUACACGUCCACUAGCGCAGUUCCAACUCUUCCUCCUCCCACCUUCUCUCCCAGUCCUUCUCCGUCGGUCAGCACUGGGAACGGCUGGUUUGAUUCGGGAGAUACGGGUUUGGCGCCAACGCAAGUACAAGGUUGUACCUACCCGAAUGCAUGGGAUGCUGUCAGUUCAGCAAUGCCCACGGCACUUUGUCCUUCUACGGGUGCCGCUCCUGUCGUUACUGCACGCCGUUGACCGUCAAGAAACGGCACCGAAGCGACUAGGUUGCGCAUCACGA